ACUCCAACGACUCAUCGAAUCUCGCCCCUUUCUAAAUCAGAAAUCAACAGCAGACUUAUUAUACAGCAAUGGCAGACACACAGCGAAUUCAUCCGGCCACCGAGGACGUAGAGAAGGCGGCAGCGGCACACGAAUACGCACAAAAGACACCGCCGUUGAGCGCUCCUCUGGCGCCGAGGUCUAGCCUCGUGUCGGGAAAAGGAGACCCUGGUUCAAACCCUAGCAAAGUUGUACAAAUCCACUAUCCCAAGGACCAAGCGUUUCCUCCACGGACUGCCCCGAAAUAUUACUCCCGCCCUCCCAAGCGCCGCCGCAAUUGCUGCUGCCGCUGCCUCGCCUGGACAUUUUGCCUCCUGUUCAUCUUUAUUUUAGCCAUUGCCAUAGCCGCCGGUAUCCUUUACGCCGUUUUCCAGCCCCGGAUACCUAAAUAUUCCAUCGACAGCAUUCAGAUCACUAACUUUACCCUCGGCACAGAUGCCGCCGUUUCGUCGCAGUUUGUGGUCGGCGUAAGGGCAAGGAAUCCGAACAAAAAGAUCGGCAUUUACUACUUAGAUGACAGUUAUAUUGCUGUUUUCUACUCCGGCAUCGAGCUCUCCAAGGGCAAAUUACCGGCGUUUUACCAGGGGCACAAAAAUACUACGAAUUUAGACGUUUCUCUUACCGGGAAUAAAGUUCAGAUCACCAGUGAAAAGGUUUCGUCGCUGAGUGCAGAGCGGAAGGCCGGAAGCAUUCCUCUGCGUUUGAAGGCCGAUGGUCCCGUAAAGAUCAAGUUUGGGAAAUUGAAAACGAUGAAGAUUACUUUCCGCGUGCGCUGUGAUCUGGUGGUCGACAGGCUGGAUGCUAAUAGCACUGUCAAUAUUAGCAGCAAAAAAUGUAAGGUGAAGCUUUGAGGUUACGGUCUGGAUUUGCAGAUUGAUUUAUUUUUUAUAAUUCUUUCUUCAGCUUUAACAGACGACGGCCAGGCGGGGACUCGUUUGUGUUUCAGGGGUUGUGAUGCACAGUAGUUUUUCCUGAUUCGUUUAUACCGCUACUGUUACAUUUUUUGUACCUUGUAUAUCUCAUCAUAUACAGUGGUAUAUACAUAUAUAUAUAUUAUUUGAUUAUUUUCUAAAAAAGCCUUUUAGUUAAAAGACUCCCAAGUAAAUUCUAGCUAACGAGACGUUUAUUACUUUCGAUAACUUAAAAAACACAAAUUAGUGACUUCGAUACAAAUUAGAAGGAAGCAACAAUAGUAAGCGUGAUGUGAUUUCACAACUAAAGCCUAAUAAGGCCCGUGUCCUUUCGAGGACCUUGGUGGUAACCGUGGUACCACUAGUUGCAAUUGAUUUGUAAAAUACAUUAUAUACUU